CGCGACCCGGAAGUAAAUAGUAUGUUUUCCUGUCACAUGACCAGAAGUAAAAACAGUUUGAUGUGCGCGCUAUAAAAUGAAAACAAAACCGUCUGUAAUAAAUGUACAUUACAAACAUUGUCAAUAGAGGGAUGGUUUGGAAUUAGUAUGAGACACUACAUUGAUGCUGAAAGUCCGCACCCGCGGAUCCUUGAAUCAAACUGCAAGGGGCGAAAACGUUGGCGAUCCGUUAUGGAUAUUCGCCAGCGCGGAUUCCAUGCUGGCAUGAUAUGUUCACGGUAACCAGUCAAAAAAAGGGUUGCAGUCAUGAACGAGUCGGACCAGGACUUUGUUGACCUCUGCUCGAAGCUGUUGAAACGGUCCCGCAAGAAAGGAUCCGAGCCAAAACGUAGGCGAAUCGACCAGCAGACAUCUUGUCAGACCAGCGAUGGGAACCAAAGAAACGAGGGAAGCUCUGGAUCUCAGCUUGUCAGAACGGACUCACAGCCUGCUCGUAUCGAAGCACAACAGCUCAUGGGAAACACGGGCAAGGUUGUUCAUAAUUCAGGAGAUGUUUUGUUAUCUUUUGCACAAACAACUGAACCGGGCAUGGGGGCAAAAGAUAAAUUACUCAACGGGAUGCAACAGUUUAAGAGAGCCAACCAGCCGAGGAUGGUGCACAAUGUAGAGCAUGGCAGGGAUCCAUCUCCUCCACAGUCAGAAAUACCACAGUCCUCCACUUCAGAGCACCAUCUGAGGCUUCAGGACAGCGAUGAGGUUCUGGCCGUGCGGAUGCAGAAGCAACUUGACCAUGAGGCGGCAGAGGUCCACACACUGGACUUGGCAGAUGAGGGUCUCUUCUUUUGCCACAUCUGUCACCGAAACGUAUCUCACAUGACACCCGAAGGGCGCGCACAGCACAUCAACAGGUGUUUAGAUGACCGUGAGCAUCAAAUGGCUGCUCCUCCUUGUCCUCCUCCUGCGGAUGUCCCCGACUGUCCAAUCUGUGGCAAGAAAUUCAAAUCGCACAAGAGUCGCUCCACCCACUUAAAGCGUUGCUCGGCGGACAUGGGUGUCAGUCCUACCGACCUGCUGCAGGCGCUUCAGAGGCAGGCCGAAGAGGCGCAACGUGCCACGAGCAACACACUCAUACAGACUGGAGGAGGCAAGAGGAAAGGCGUAAUGAAGGCAAACCCGGCGGCAAAAAAAAAGCCCAGGAAAAAGACUGACCCCCUGGAUGAAGACACCAUAAUGGCCCUGGCUCUGUCAUCCUCCCUGUUGGAACAGGAGAGGAAGCAGCUAAGUCUGGCAGGAACAGAAAUCAUCGCCACUGAUUCCUCCAUGAAUCCUGUGUUGAAGUGGAGGCCAGAUGCCGGUAAGGGUCAUGGUAAGAGGAAAAAGGGCACGGCCCCUCGUCCUCCUCCGAUUCUUCUCAUCCAGGAUGCUGAUACGGCCCUGACAAGGCUGCAGGAACGUGUUUCUGCCCUGCUCCUAUGCAGUCGAGCUCCAUCUCCACCUACCCCGACUCGCUGUCCCAGCACCUUGUCCACCUUGAGCGACGCUGCCCCCCUCUGGCAAAAGAGUGCACUGCUGAAUGGACACUCAACCAGCGUAUUAGACUUCUUCGUCCCGGAGCUCAAAGACUUUCUCGCACCGUGGGAACCAGCACGAAUUCCCGGCGCUUCCACCCAAUCCAACGACAAGGCUUCCAUCUUAUCGUCCUCUCAGACAACUGCCUGCUCCUCAGCUCCCUCCAGUCCGUCUACGGGACAUCUCCCAGCAAACAGUCAAGCCCUGCAAGAAUUAGUGGACCUGUCCAAUGAUGAAAUCGCCCGCAGUACCUACACUGCUCCUGGCCCUAACAAAGACAAAAACACUAGUUUAUACACAGACCUCCAAGUGAGUGGCUUCUUUCUAGAAGAAACUACUGACCCCUGUGUGAAAGGUGCCCCUGAAGGUGACCUCCAGUGCCAAGCAGGAAGGUCUUUAUGUCAACCAGAAGCAACGAAAGAGUGCAGCAGUCAUUUAUCAGUGGCACUAUCCACCUUGGCAUCAAACCUGAGCAGCAUGGUGAAUAACCCACUGCUCAGUGACUGGCAACUCCAGGUGGACAGUGGCCAAGUCUUCUUUGCUCAUUCCUUCAUGAUAUACGCACGAUGCCCCCUCUUGGCAGAAAUGAUGCAUGAAAGUGGAAUCGGGGUGCAUGAGGAGGGAAUGCCGGCCGCUCAAAGGGUGUUGAUCAACGAUGUCCCAGGACAGGCGGUGUUGGUUCUGCUGCAGUACCUCUACACUGCUCACUUUUCCUUCUCAGCGUCAUUACAUCCUCAUGUACUGGAGUUGGCAUCCAGGUUUGAUCUACAGGAGCUGCAGCAGCUAUGCGAGUGUCACACUGAUGAAGCUUCAGCUCAGGAUGAUGCCGGAGCCGCCGCAAGCCCCGGGGAGCACUUCAGCAACGGCACAGAUGAGGAUUUAACAGCGCUCUUCAACUCCAUGUGGUGCCAGGAAGACGAUGCAGACCAAGACGAGAGCAAUGUCCACAAAGCUACUGACGUCGCAUCAGGCGACAAAGAGCUCCACGAGGAGCAGGUGAACGAGGAAGAGCUGGAUGAGAUUUAUGAGUUUGCCGCCACACAGAGAAUGAGGGAUGAGGAGGAGGUGAGCGUGGGAGAAAGUGAUGAGGGAGAGAUAUCAAGCAAAUUAAGUGAACCAGGAGAGAUUCCAGGAAAAUGUAGUGACAAAAGCCCUCAGCAUGAAUUCGACCCUCUUCCGGACCACAGUCUUGAUAGUAGUUAUAAUCGCCUCUUCUCAGAUUCUGAGGCGCUCUCCAAAGAAGAUCAACACUCCUUCAGUCCUCCUUCCUCGACUCCACCACAAGCACAUACGCCUUAUGCUCCCACGUUCAAAUCAUCUGGUAGAACCACGCUUCAGUCCUCAGCAAGUUUACGCAGUGACAUUCCCACCGAUCCGUCCAUCUUGCCCCCACACCGGAAUGAUAACUGCUGUACUGUUGGAGUUAAGGAUAUAGUUGAACAGGAACCGCCGGAACAAGGUAUGCCUCAAAGCCGUGUCCCACUACUUUCAAACUCCCCCCAGAUAAAGGAGCCAGACCUGAUAGUUUUGUCAGACUCCAGUGAGGACAUGGAGGGAUCCGUUUCUAAUCCCAGUGCCCAGAGUCCCAUCUUGUCACAUUCGCACAGCAAGCAGAACUUCACUCACUUAAAGCCGACAGAACCUUCUGCGGAGCAAAAGCACUCCAGAAAUAUGGAGCAUAGUCUAGUUGAUCUAAGUGAAUCUCCUAACCAAUGUAAUCCUUUAGAUUGUUCGCCAGAGCUCUUUUGGAUCGUCCCCCCCACACCAGUCAAAACCAGUCCCAGAAGAACAAGUUUGGAGAGUUCCACUCACACCAAAAGCAGCAUGCGUAGGGCAGAGCUGUUCCCAAAAGAGUUUUGCAACACAUCGAAGACCUCCAACAGUCCCACUUGUAUUUCGACCAGCGUUUGCCCACUGGAGGAAAGUGGCGCUUGGCUGAAUCCGGAAAAAGCAGAAGUGGACUCGCCAGCGCUUGCCGAGCCCAAAUUUUCACUUUUCUCAGGCGUUUCCAAUCACCUCCAUGAUUCGUCAAAGCAAGAGACGCCUCUCCAGUCCCGCUUUGAGCCUUCUAGCAGCACUCCUCUGCACUUAGAUGUCCUCCAGCACCGAAUUCGGCUCGACACCUCGCCGCCCUACACAGGGAUUGAUGAGCAAAAGUCAUUUAGCCAAGAACACGAAAGCCCAGAGAAGAUACUAUUUGAUAGCUUCCAUCUCUCCCCCUUUUCUGACUCUUCACAGCCACAAUCUUCUACCACUCACAAAAGUAGUCACAACAGCACGGGCUUUAAGCCAAUGAGUGGAACAACAUCAAGAGAAGAUGGAAAGAUCGCACAGUUGGAUGAUAAUGUCAUAGAAGAAGACGAAAGAAACCAAAGUUUUGAACAGGCUUCACUGUUCAUGGACGAGCCACCGAUGGCGUUCAACGACUCAUGGGGCCUCAACGGCUGUGAUGACGUCGCUGGGAACUCGAGAUGCUUUAGUCUGAGACUAGAGGACAGCGGAGGACGCAGUCGGCCAGUGGACGCGGCUGCCUCGUCCGGCACCUCUCCGUCACCGCCAUCCUGUCAAAAUGGUGCGAAUCGAUACCAAGAACCCCAAAACCUGACUUCACAGCCAUCUACUAGUAAGAAGGCUCAGACCUUCCAGACUUCAACAGCUGAUGUCAUGACUGAUAUUGCACCAGAAAUGAGUGACAGCAACCUGGUCGCAAACAUGUGGGACAGUUUAGAGGAGGAAGAGGAGAUUCUGCCUCUUUCUGAAAGGCUGAAGCCUUCUGCCCAACUAAAAACACCAUCUCCUCCUCGCAAUAAAAAACGUCCCACUCUGCCUCUAGUGCCCAUCACGCCAAUGCCUCACUACUCUGAUAUGGAUACGCCAGAACUAAAGAACAAACUGAACAGGUUUGGUGUCCGGGCAUUACCAAAGCGCCAGAUGAUUGUCAAGUUGAAAGAGAUCCACCAGUAUACGCACCAGCUGGUCAACUCUGACUGUGAAGAUGAGGCACCCUGUGCAGGGCCUGCAGCCCGGACAAAGCUCGCUCCCUCGAAGUCUUUGGCUGCUGGCGACAGGCCCGUCUCCUUGGAACACAAAGUCCAUUUUAAGGAGCCCGGAGUGGCCACUUCCAUCUCUGCGGGGAAACACAACCGAGAGGAGGACACAGAGCCGCUGUCCAACUCUCAAGACUCCAAUGUCUCUUCAACUACUUCAAGUGAAGACUCUGAGAGGCACAACCCGGAGCUCUGUCUUUCCUCCGGUGCCGACUCAGACAGUGAAGGCGGUAUAUCAGCUUCCCAAGCGGCCACCCGCCUCCAAGAUCGGCUGCAGGCCGUGCGCUCGUUCAUCCUGUCAGACUCCGGCCUGUACACUCAGAUCCUGCAAUACCAGCCUCUGGUCCUUUCUCAACUCCAGGAGCGCCUGAAAGCGGCAGGCAUCCGUCUCGGUGCCGCCAAGCUGGUUAAGUUUUUGGACUCCCAGUGCAUCACCUUCACCACGGCCAAACCGGGGCAGGCCGCACCCACUCGUAGGCGUGUCAGGAAACCGGGCAAGAAGGCAAAAGCAGCAGGGAAAUGAGUGACCCCAGCAAAUCCUCCAAAGCACUGACAUCAGGCAAGUGAAAAAGCUAUGAGGAAAAAUAAAAUUGUGCUUUACACUUUUGAAGACUUGAAACAUGUUUUAUUAUUUUAAGUAUUCUCGUAUGUUUCUAAAAAAAAAAACAUUCACAAUUAUAGUGUAAAUUAAUGUGUAAAAUGUGUGUUUAUUUCUAUGUCCAGUCUGAAUUACUCAGUGUGGAAAGUCAUAUAAGCUGAACCUUUUGUUAGGAACUGAAUAUGAAAA